CGAACGGCCACAUGAAGAGGGCUUCAUCUGAAGGCACAAUAGCGUCCGGUGAAACACCGAGCGACGGCGUUUCGACGGUCGCCUCAUCGGCUUCGCUCUUUGGCCCACCUACGGCAGACAAGGGAUUUGCGCACAAUAGCUCCGAGUCGAUCACAGAUUACCUCUACAAAACUUGUUUUCUUCAAGGCUACCUCAGUGACGUGAAUGUUCUUUUUGAUCUGGAGGAUGGCGAUCGCUGUACCUUUUUACUGCAUGCCCUCAUCAUCACCCGGUCCCCCAUGUUGGAUGCCCUCUUUCGAAACACAAAGAAGGGUUGCAGUGUCAUGGUCAAGGUCGAAAGCAGAUACGUGACUCGGGAGGCACUUCGUAUUGUCCUUGGGCAUCUCUACGGCGGCCCAACUCAGACAUUGCUCACCAGCAAGAACGCACUGUCACUUCUCGCUGCUGCUUGUCUCCUCGACAUCGAAGACAUCUGCACCUGGUCAGCCGGCCAUGCCAGCUCCCAUCUGGAACCGGAACAUGUCCCCCGUUUUUUGGGUGUUUUGAAGUCGAUGCAAGACACAAAGUACAGCGAGCUGGCCAAAUCACUCAAGCAAAUUGUGCUUCGCUACCUCGUCAAGGAUCUUCCCACACAAUUACAAGCCUUUGCAACCGUCGAGGACAGCCAGGCCUCGGAGCAAGGAUCCGAGAACCCCGAGAACCUCGAGAGCCCUGAGAGCCCCGGGAAUACCAAAAGAGGAGAGAAAGCUCUCCAAGAUAUCUACAGCGGCCUGGACUUUGAUAUAUUGCAACACUGCGUCGAGUCGCCCGAUCUUCCUAUCAGACCCGAGAACGUCAAGACACGAUUCGACUUUGCCAAGCGCGUCAUCGAGGCCCGCAAGACAAUAGGCGGUCAUUCAACCUGCCGCAACAGCAAUGACCGAGGUGCAUCAGUCGGGGCCGGUGAAGAAGAAUACGUUGUCAUGUCGUUCGGCUUUGGAGAAGGACCUGCAAGCGAAAACGGCACCGUCUGCAUGGGAGCCGUGAAGCUGCUUAAGAAGACGGCGAGGCAGAGUAGAAGGUUCAAGAAAGCCAGUAGCUGCCUGGCGCCCAAGAUUGCGUAA